AGCAGUAGAUGAUCACAGCUUCACUUCUUGUGAUUUGUUUUCUCAUCCAUCUCUUAAUUUUAUUGAAGUCUACAGGAUGAACUCCGUCUCCCAGAACCUACGAGAUCAGAUCUCAGAGCUGCUGAAGCCUCACAGAGUCUGUCUGGUGACGCCUGUCGUUCUGAACCACUCCGGUCAGCCAUGUGGGAAAUUGGCCAACAGGCUUUUGGUACUGAGUCUAUGGAGAGGGUACCUGGUGAUAAACAAGCAACCUCUCAGGGUGGAGAGCACUUUCAGCUACUUGGAGAUUUGUUCAAUCAUCAUUCAAAGUCUCAGAGAGGUUGUGCUGGUGACAGACGGGCAUGCUCUGUCCUUCAGUGUAUCGCACGUUGAGGAUCUUGAGGCCAUGGUUAGUCACAUGACCGCCACUCUGAAGAGGGUUUUCCCUGAUUCCUCACCAGGAAAGCUGUUAAAGACGAGUCCUCCAGAUCUCCAGCAGAGACUCCUCACAUUGACGGAUGCGAUAGAAGAGCAGCUGGACAGUCGGCCGGGUUCCUGUGGAGGAUUCUGUGAUACCUAUGCUGCUCUGUGUGAUUUCAACCAGAUGCCAUUCAGAGAGGAGAUUCAGUGGGAUGUGGACAACAUCUACUGCAUCAACAACUGGAGAGAGUUCAACCUGCACGACUUCAGCCACUUAGACAGCAGGGACUUGGCUUUAGCAGUAGCAGCUCUGUCUUUCAACCACUGGUUUACCAGGAUCUACUGCAAAGACCUCAAACUGUCAGUAGACAUCCAGCAGCAGUUGACUUUCGUGAUGUCCAGAUCUCCCAGUCUGGAGGAGCUGUCGCUGGAGGCCAGUGGACUCAAACUGGAUUUUGCAAUCAAAAUGGCAGCUGCCCUGCGGGAGCACACCUCCUCUACCCUGCAAUCCAUCAACCUCUCCAGCAAUCCAAUCGAAGACAAAGGUGUCAUAGCCCUCAGUCAGGAGUUAGAGAACCUAGCUGAAGGACUCAAGCACCUUUCUCUGUCCCGGGUAUCAAUGACUGCUAAAGGUCUUGGCUGUCUGAGUCAGGUGUUAUCCUCAAAUCCGCUGUUCUCAGCAUCUCUGACCCACCUUGACCUGUCUGGUAACCCUGGCAGCCUGGUUACCGAAGACGCAACGUUUCUCUUCAAGUUCUUGUCCAGUACUAACUCCCUGUCUCAUCUGGACCUCAGUGAUACCAACUGCCCUCUGGACACGUUAUUUGUGUCCCUGUCUGCUGGAUGUUGUUACAAACUGAUGCACCUGAGCCUGGCCAGAAAUCCUUUCAGCCACAGAAAGGUGCAGAAGGUGACCAGGAGCAUUCGAGAGUUCUUCAGUCAGAGCUGUGAGCUCAAAUAUGUGGGCCUGUCUGCAACCAAACUACCUCCACAAGCUCUCAGGUUAUUACUACAGGGUCUGGCAACCAACACUCAUCUGUUUGGGCUUGAGUUGGACCUCAGUAGCUGUGAGCUGCGUUCUGCAGGGGCCCAGGUGAUACAGGAGCACAUCUCUGAAGCCACAGCUAUCAGAAGUCUGGAUGUCUCUGACAAUGGUUUUGAGAAUGACAUGGUAACUCUGGUUCUGUCUAUCGGUCGAUGUCACUCUCUUCGACACCUCGCACUGGGAAGAAACUUUAACAUGAAGUCCAGAGCUCUUACCGAUGUUCUUCAUCGUAUAGUUCAGCUCAUUCAGGAUGACGAGUGUCCCUUACAGUCUUUAUCUGUGUGUGACUCCAAGCUGAAGACGGGCAUGCGCAUCCUGCUGAGCGCUCUGGGCGGCCACGCUGCUCUGACUGAAGUGGACAUCAGUGGAAACAACAUCGGAGACAUGGGAGCCAAAAUGCUGGCCAAGGCCCUGAUGACAAACACUAGACUGAGGACUCUAACAUGGGACAGGAACAAUGUAACUGCCAGGGGUUACCAGGAUGUGGCUGAUGCUUUAGAGAGGAACUUCACCCUGCAGCAUGUGUCCGGCCUGGCUGAUGUCACACAGAGUUACCGCAGCAACCCUGACAGAACGAAGGAGGCCCUGCACAAGAUUCAGCAGUGUUUAGACAGAAACAACCAGAGACAGUCUGAAAGAGUGGAACCUCAGCAAGUGUUUAGAGCUCACCAAUCUGAAAAGCAGGUCCAGGGUCUGUGUCAGCAGUUGGAGGACAGCCUCAAACGUCUGAUCCACUGCAGCAUUCAGGAGGUGCAGGCUGACAUCCUGACAGCACACGAGGUGCUGCACAACGCAAGGGAGUCCUUCGAGCUGCUUCCCUCUCUGUACGAGGCAGGCAGGAAGUGUUCCUCUGAUGGAGACUUGGUGAACUGCAUCCUCACUGACACUGCUACUGCACUGACUAAUGAAUUCAACAGAAGUAUACAGGAGUUGGCUCAAGGCCUGAUUAGGGGCGCAGAGGCUACGUGUCCACGCGUGAUCCAGCGGUCCAGUGUGUUCGAGUGUCUGUCAGAGUGUGUGUCCAAAAGAAGCAGACAGACACACACAUUCCUGAGAAGCACUCUGGUGGAGAACACAGGGCCGAUCAUCAGCAACCGACUGCGUGAACUGAGACAAACAUUGAGUGUCUCUCUGGCUGAAAGCAUCAUUGAACAGGUUCUACAGGAUCUGACAACAGCACAGGACAAAAUGGAUUGCCUUAUAAAAGAAAAUUCAUGCACUGCUCUGAACAUCAACAUCCCAGAGCUUCGUCUGGUCGACAGCGACUUCCCGAUUGAUGAUUACAGUCCGGCAUUCUGGAGAAAUAGUUUCCACUCCAAAAGCCUGAGGCCUGCCCCUUCAAUUAAGAGUCUACUGGAUGCAGACUGGGAGCAGCAGAACAGGGAUGGAGGACCAGAGAGAGAGAGGGGAGGAGGUACUGGAGAGCAAGGAGGAGGAGGAAGGUGUGGCCUCCCACGGUCGCCGACAGCAACCCCGCUGUCAGUCAGGUUUUCGAGCCCCUCCCCUUCCCUGUCCCCCUCCCCCCCUGAGCUGAGGGGGAGGAGGCGGCAGAGGGAGGGGGAGGUGGCGGCAGCGGAUGCUGCAGCAGCACUAUCAGGAGCGAGUGGAGCAUCGCUCAUUCCUCCUCCCGGUCUCCCCCUCCGGUACUCCGUCUCCGCUCGAGCUGCAGAGGAGGAGGCUGCCGGCCGCGGAGGCUCACCCAGACGACAGGCUCCCUUCCCUGGCUGCGGCCCCAGCCCAGGCCCUUUCCCCGGUUCUGGAUCCCCCGCUUCUCCCAUGGAGCCUCUACCCACCCAGGGACAGACUCUAAGGCAUUACACCGCCUCCCGUCCACGGCCACGACGCACACACACACAGCCCCCCUCCUCCAGGCCGCAGGAACCAGUUUUAAAGGUAGAGAAUGAGGCCAGUGAAGGGAUGGGCAGAGUGGAUGAAGGAGUAGAGGAGUUCUUCACCAAGAAAAUCAUCCCUGAUUAUGCACUAAAAGGCCGGUGGGAGGAGUCAAUCCCUGCCCAAGCCACUCCCCCAGAGUCAAGCUUCACCCCCUCAGCCUCAACCCCCUUUUCCUCUUUGUUUGACAAUACCACCCCCUCCACCACCAUCACCACCACUGUCACCUCUCCCUCUGCCCCAUCUAUUGACACGUCCCUCACAUCCACUGAUGUUUCAUCCCUCUCUACAUCCCCCACUCCCCCCGCCCCCUCUUCUUUCCCCACCACCACACUUCCCACCAAAAACAUCAAGAAAAAGUUUGGCGACUUCUUUGCCUUCAAGAGGGCUCGAGCCGGCCGAGCCGCCAAGUCAGGAGGGGGAGAGGGAGGAGGAGGAGGAGAGGGGGUGAAGGUCAAAAGGACCUCCAUUGCAGACCUCAUUCGACCCCUCCGCGAGGCCAAAGAAAGGGAGAGAGAGAGGGAGAGGGACAAGGAGAGAGAGAAGGGGAGAGGGGCGAGAUCAGUGGAGGAUGCUAACAUUUCUAAUGAUGCCGCCACCACAGAAGGAACCGUCGCCACCGGCAACCAUCUUGCAGGCGAUGCCAGGGGAACGAUGGCGCCUGUCAAGACAUUAACCAUGACGACGCCUUCCAGUGAGACCACUCCCUCUUGCCCCACCAUCGCCACGAGCCCUGACCCCAACGUCACCACGCUUCCCAACCUAGAAGAAGAGGCAGCCCCCGGCCACGCCCCCAGUCCCGCAGUCACCUCCCCUCUAACAGAGCUGGAGGGGAGAGGGAUGCAGGUGGAGGAGAUGAAGUUGGGAGGGACUCCGUAUGGAGAGAGGAGACUGAAGGUGACCAAGAGGUCACUGAGAGAAGGCAAGAGCCAGAGUCUCAUACUUCUGACGGGAUUAGAGCCCGAGGACAAGGAUGACACACACAGCAAGAAACAUGCAUCUGAGAGCACAUCUAGUUUUGAACAGAGGCUUCAGGUGAUGCUUCACAGAAUGGGCGUGGCCAAAACCCCCCCAGCCGACACCAAGGCUAGCCAGAAUAAAGACGAGGAGCUGAGAAAGGCCAACUCUGAUGGUGCUAUCCUGGACAAACCUGUUCCUCCUCCCACAUACAUGAAGCCCAGAACCAUGUCCACCUCAUCAGCAGACCCCAGGCAUCCUUUGAGAGCCCUGGACCCUGUCCGACCGGACCCCCCCCUGCACCCGAAGCCCGUCCUCCAUGAGCGCCCCGUCGGGCCCCUGCCGCCCAAACCUGCCGUGGCGGCCAAGCCUCCGCUCCCAACUCCGGCUUCUCCUGCAGGCAUGGGAUCUCGUCCCUCCUCUGCUCCUCCUUCCAGCGGCUCAGCGGGGAGAGUCCAGCUCAGAGCACACCCUCCUGAUGGCAGGCCAGCAGAGACCACAGCACAGAACGGGAGCCAGGAGCGUCACCAGGGCGCCGCCUCGGCCUGGGGGACAGAGCUGCUUCCUCCAGCCCCGUCUCCAUGGAGAUGUCCCAGUGCACAGGAUCGCUCUGAGAAAGCACAAUCAGUGACCGACGAGAGUCUUCCUAAGCCACGCGCACACUUGAAGCCCCUCCCACAGCGCAGAGCCGUGUCCGUCCAUGAGGACACUCUGGCCAUGACCCAAGAGCUGAAGGCCGUGUUGCAGAGAUCCCCUAUCCGUUUCCGUGGCAACAGAGGGGACCUAUCCACCUGCACUGAAGAUCCAUCUAGUGGGGAAGAAGCACAAAGAGCUCAGGAGGCCGGUGACAUGGGGAAACAGACAGCUGAGGACAAGAAGGAAGCUGUCCACAAGGAGGAGCUGAAGGCAGAGCGAGGAAGGACGGGCUGUGGAGGGACAGCAGCUGAGACCAAGCACCCUUCUCCAGGAGAAGAGUUGACCCCAGGCUCAGGGUGUCCCUCCUCGUUGCCCCGGCUCUUCAGUCCGACCGCAGCGCCGUCCAUCCUGGAGAGGCCUCCUGUUCCCCCCAUAUGGGAGAAAAAGAGCCCCAGCACGGCCCCGCAGUUGCUCCGAACUCUAGAAAAACUGCCUGUGUCCCCACCGCCCCCAGGAAAGAGCCCCAGCACAAUCUCAUCAGGAUCGCCGGAGAACCCCCGAGUGAGCUCUCAAGGGUCCCACAAGAAGCAGAGCCCCGGCACAGCGGACGUGAGAAACAGCACACAGGAGGAAGAGAGGGCCGUCUCUAAACAGCACACAAUGAAGGCAGAGCCAGCAGACCAAAGAACUGAGCCUCCUCUGUCUGAAUAACACACACACACACACACACGCUGAGUGAAACCAGGAGACCUGGGAGAGAGGAGU